CACACACACACACACACACACGAUUUUACCACUUAACAGUAUUCGUUGAUUCUACACUGUUAAAAUAUUUAUAAGUCUUGUUUCGGUAUGAUACAUUUAACAAUUAUAUAGGAUUAUGCAAUAAAUCCUUGCACUGUGCUUUUGCAUGUCCGCGUAGAUCGAACGGGCUUGUUUUUCCCUACAUGUAUACCAGUCGACUUUCCAACAACAUGCACUGUAUCUGUUGAAUUUCGCAACCCCAGGGUUUUAACUCUAGGUCACAGGUGCUUGUGUCUAGGAUGGGUUAAUGAUAAUAUAUAUAUAUUAUGUAAACCUUUCACAAAUAUAUAUGCACUAAGUUUUAAGAACACAUUUUGUUUGAUACUGUUGCUGAAUAUUAGAAUUUAGUUUAAAUAUUCAGAACAGGAUUUUUUUUUUCUAGAUUCCAUACCCCUUGGGGCUAGUUAUACUUUUAACUAGUACUCAGGUGACCGAUAAGGCCUGUGGGCCUCCUGUGAAAUAAUCAGUACAUGUAUAUAUAAAAUAUCGCUUUAUUCCCUCAGUUAAAAAUUUAAAAGUAAUCAUUUGUCUCCGGUAGAACAAGUCACACACUUCCGUAUAUACAUAAUAUGGAAAUAAUCUAGAAAUUUUGUUAAACAUUAUUAGUUUUCCAUUUUAGAUGCUCUAAAUCUAAAAAAGAAGAAAACUAUUUUGUUUUACUUGAUGUGAUCCUCCUACUUUAUUUUGUCAUUAUAUACCUUAUUACGCCAGUGUUAUUUGAUGAACACAGUUUUUCUAAAAACUAAAAGUAUGACUGAAAUAAACAUUAAUUGCAAAAUUUUAAGAAGGUGAGGAGAAUUCGAUGUAUAUAUAUUUUUUUUACAUUUGAUUGUAUUUGUAAAAGAAAAAACAAAUGGACAUGCAUUGUAUUAAUGCUGCAAAUGAGGACAUUAACCGAUACAUUUACCCUGACAGAAUUUCAAGGACCUCUUGCUUGAAAAAAGGGUGACUGUAGCAAAUACAAACACGCACAUACACACACAGGCGCGCAUACACACGUGCACGCACACAUGCUUUCUAUUUUAUGUGCGGAACAAAUAUAUCAUAUCUCAACGCAUCCAAUAAAUAUGAGAAGAAACCACCCUUCUCUGCUGUAAUCUGCUCUCAAGCCUCAUUAGAGAUUGACACGGGCGUCUGUAACACAACCUCUGCGGUGUCAGUUAUAUAUAGGAAACAAAAUUAUAAACUCCUGAAGCAAUUGGAAUGACUCGUACUAUAUCGUGAUUCAUACUCACAUUGAUGAGGAAAUUACUAUCAUCAUAAUUGGUAAAAUAAUCGAAGGGAAAAACAUUAGAAAUGUAAAUAUUUCAAAUCACGUGACAAUACAAUAGAUCAGUGAAGCUAUAUAUCAUAAAUUUUAUAUUGCCCUUGUGUUUGUCACUGGCAAAUAACGCUUCAAAAACGAACAUCAUUGCUGGCCAUGGCCGACAGAUAAACACACCGUGUUCAGUAGGCGCUUGGAUAUAUCACCAGACUGAAGUUGUGCAUGUUAAGACAUUUUUUUGUUGAAAUCCAAUCAUUAAAUGAAACACAUGUUCUGAUAGUUAUAAUGUGCAUUGUUAACCGAUACCAGGACCGAUAACAAUUGCGCAAUACAAAGCGCAUUCAUACCUCUGAAAGGGUGCAGAUGCAUGCAUUAGGCAAUUAUAAUAACGUACAACUGCAGUUCUUUUCAUUCCGAAAACAAUAAUUAUGAAUAGAAAUGACCGAGUUCCUGUAGACGUUGAUUUAAAAUCUUAACACAGGAUUACAUUUAAAUUCCAAAAGCAAGGAAGACGACCAGCAAUAUGAUCUCUUAGCAAUUUACUGUAGCAGCGAAAUUGACAACGGUCAAUAUGUCUUUUUGGGGUGUUAUCUACAACUUGUUUGAAGGCGUUCGACGAUUAAGUUUCCGCUCCCCGGAUAAAAAUAAGGAAACGCACAAAAGAAGUAGAAGUAAACGAGUCCUAGGAGAGGAAGAGGAGGGGCGGAUCAAUACAUUGUCUGAUGAAGAUCUGAGAGCCAGGAGCAACGUCCUUAAACCGGCAGACAAACCAUCUAAAGCUUUGGAUGUAAAGUUCGUUGAUUAUCAAACAAAGCUGAACAGAAAGAAUCACCAUUCCAACGAGUUCGAAAAAGCUGGGAACAUCAUUCGUCGAGGACAGGAGUUCGUUCUAAAUGUUGACUUCGACAGAGAAAUUAAACCAGAUCAUGACGUCAUCAUUCUGCAGUUUACCUACGGUUUACGCCCCCAAGAAAGCAAGGGUUCCGUAAUUAGAAUACAACUCACCUUAAAACUGUCAUGCAAGACAUCUGACAUCACAGGAACAUGGUUUGCAGAAGUAAAGAAAAUUGAUGGGAAGAAUUUAGAAUGCAGCAUAAAGUCUGCUCCAGACAGCACCAUAGGAGUAUACCAGUUCUAUGUCGAGACAAAUCUUGUCGGCAACAAAGAGUCUAUGAAAAGACAUUUGGGCAAGGAAGCAUUCACCAUUCUCUUCAAUGCCUGGACAAAAGAUGAUACAGUGUAUAUGGAAAAGAAGGAAGAACGAGAAGAGUACGUGUUGAAUGAGACUGGCAGAAUCUGGACCCAAAGGGGUUACUUUGGUCGGCCUUGGAAUUUUGGACAGUUUGACGAACCUGUACUUGAUGUCGCCUUAAAGCUGUUAGAGGAUGGUGGUUUAUCAGACGUUGCCUGUACGUCACCAGUAGCAGUCAUUCGAUGUCUCUCAUCACUGUGCAAUUCCUGUGACAGUGAUGGGGUUUUGGAAGGGAGAUGGACAUCGGAAUACCCCGAGGACUGUACUAAGCCGUGGAAUUGGGCUGGGAGUGUAGCAAUCAUAAAAGAAUACCACUCCAACGGCAACAAGCCCGUCCGGUAUGGACAGUGCUGGGUGUUCUCCGGUCUGCUCACAACAAUGUGCCGCUGUCUUGGAAUACCGACACGUUCUGUGACCAAUUUUGACUCUGCACACGAUACUGACAGCAGCAUGACCAUUGACAGUCACUGGGACGAGGAUGGUGAACCCAUAGAGGACAUGAACGACUCCGUAUGGAACUUCCAUGUGUGGAACGAGUCCUGGAUUCGUCGUUUAGAUUUACCUGAAGGCUACGACGGGUGGCAAGCGCACGAUGCCACGCCCCAGGAAGCCAGCGAAGGGAUUAUGAGGUGUGGCCCUGCUCCACUGAAAGCUAUAAAAGAGGGACAUGUUUAUCUCAACUAUGAUAUCCCAUUCAUCUUUGGUGAAGUCAAUGGGGAUCGAGUACAGUGGGUUGUCAAGAAAGAUGGUACCAUGGAAGUCAGUCAGAUUGACCAUUCCGCUGUUGGACACGCCAUUAGUACAAAGAGGGUGGGGUCUAACUUCUUGGAAGACGUGACGCACCUAUAUAAAUACCAGGAUGGAAGUGAAGAGGAGAGAAAGGUGGCUAAAUUUGUCAGUAGAUACAGCACAAGAAGGAAACAUAAUAUUUACAAAUUGGACACACAGAAGGAGUUGGAUUUCACGAUUACGACACCAAAGGAAACUCUUAUUGGAGACGACAUGGAAAUAAAAGCUGCCAUAAAAAACAUGACGGACGAGUCACGUGCAAUAAGUCUGACUUUCACGCUAAUCAAUGUUUAUUACACUGGAGUGGCGGGGAAAAGAGUAAAAACACAGACUUUCAAGGAAAACAUUGGACCCAAGGAUGAGAAAGAAUUAACCAUACAGAUUAGUGGGAAAGAGUACCAUGCAAAUAUGAAUCCAGAGGGAAGAUUUCAGUUGUAUAUAUCUGGAAAGAAUUUGGAAACCGGUAGAAUGCAGUCAAAGGAUGAGUCCUUCAUGUUGAAGAAACCGGAACUUGUCAUACAGGUUCCAGAGACCAUAGAAGUGAAAAAGGAUACAGAGGCAACUAUUGUAUUUAAGAAUACUACGCAACUGGUUCUGACGCAAGCAGAAAUAGCAGUAGAGGGGGCUGGUCUGAUAGCUAGCAAAACAAUCGCUAUUAGCAACCCGGUAAAUCCUGGAGACGAGGUUAAAGAAACGGUCGUUCUCCACCCUCGCCCGCGUUCGUAUUGGGCGAGGGAGCUGAUAGCAAGCUUCACCUCCAAACAAAUUGUAGACAUCGAGACCAGCGCCCCCAUUAAAGUCAUCAAGCCGACAAAUGGGAAUGAUAGUGACGAUGAUUAGAAUGUAUACUGUAUAGUACUGCAACUAGAACAUGUUCUGAUUAAUAACUUUUGUUAGCCAUCAAAAGUUUAAAAAAGUCGUGUUUCAGUUGACUUACCAUAUGGAAAUGACUUAGAAUUCUUACGAUUGAUUCUGAAAUUGCACCCUUCCAAGUAAGUAGGGAAGACAUAUUUUUGUUGAUUAUACCUGUAGAUGUGUGUGUAGAAAAAGUAGGAAUCAUUAUAGCUUAUAAUAAAAUUAUAAUCGUGCUGCUCUUGAUGUUAACAUAUUUACUAUAACACUAUCAUCAAAAUAUGGUUGAACUAUCGACAACUUGGAACUAGAUGUGACAAAUAUUACCAUCUGUGACAUGCACAGUACGCACUGAAUUUACUCAGUUUCAAUUUAAAACAAAUAUAUUAAGUUUCCGUGGGCCACAUCUGGGAGUCAUGGAUUCGAAAUAGUGUUAUAUGGAAUAAUUUUCUAUCUUUUGAAAAAAAAAAAAUAUCCCCAACAUAUAUAUUAUGAAUAUUGAAGAUAAAUUUCCAAAUUUUUACACUCGUAAAAAUAGAAUGGAACUCUUAAGUAUAUACAUAGAAAUCAUUUAGUCAUUGUGUGACAUACGCUUCAAAAUGUUAGCAUACCACCUGCCUUAGCGCUUCAUGAAAAAGUGUGCUAGUGUAAAAUGUUAUUCAUACACUGUAUUUUCAAAAAUGAUAUUUAUUUAUUUUUUAUUACAUUUACAUUCAUUUCUACCGGAGUUCCCAGCCGUUAAAAUGGUCGUCGAUUCAUGCACACAUCACUCACAUUCAUGAGGAAAUGACUGUCAUUUCAAUUGGUAAAGAUAUCGAACGCAAACCUUUGGAAUUGUCAAUGUUUCUACUGAAGUUCAUUGCUUGUCAUUUGCAUCUAUGAAGACACAAUUUGUUUCAGUCUAGUUAGAUCCGGUAGUGCCGUCUGUCUGCUUUUGAAUAUAUACAAGUAUUUCGCAGCAUAGUUGAAACUUUUGUAAAAUAUGUUUUCUGGUUUAAUUUUUACCAUUUAUUUGAAUUUAAAAUAAUAAAUAACAUAUACAUAUA